ACGGGCGGGCGCGCGGCUCGGGCACUGGCCCUUCUCCCCAACACCCCGUGCCACAAUUCACAGCGUCACCAUGUCCUCGGUGUUCGGAAAACCCCGCGCGGGCAGCGGGCCACAGAGCGCGCCCCCCGAAGUCAACUUGGCCAUCCUGGGGCGCCGCGGGGCGGGCAAGUCUGCCCUGACUGUGAAAUUUCUGACCAAGAGGUUUAUCAAUGAAUAUGACCCCAACUUGGAGGACACCUACAGCUCUGAGGAGACCGUGGACCACCAGCCUGUCCUUCUGAGGGUCAUGGAUACUGCAGACCCGGACACCCCCAGGAACUGCGAGCGCUACCUGAACUGGGCCCACGCCUUCCUGGUGGUGUACAGCGUCGACAGCCGCCAGAGCUUCGAGGGCAGCAGCAGCUACCUGGAGCUCCUCGCGCUGCAGGCCAAGGAGACCCAGCGGGGCUACCCCACUGUGCUGCUGGGCAACAAGCUGGACAUGGCCCAGUACAGGCAGGUCACCAAGGCUGAGGGCGCGGCACUGGCAGGCAGGUUCGGGUGCCUGUUUUUCGAGGUCUCCGCCUGCCUGGACUUUGAGCACGUGCAGCACGUCUUCCAUGAGGCCGUGCGAGAGGCCCGGAGGGAGUUGGAGAGGAGCCCCCUGGCCCGCCCCCUCUACAUCUCGGAGGAGAGGGCCCUGUCCCACCAGGCCCCGCUCACUGCCCGCCAUGGCCUGGCCAGCUGCUCCUUCAACACCCUCUCCACCGUCAGCCUGAAGGAGAUGCCCACGGUGGCCCAAGCCAAGCUGGUCACUGUGAAGUCAUCCCGGGCCCAGAGCAAGCGGAAGGCGCCCACCCUGACCCUGCUGAAGGGCUUCAAGAUCUUCUGA